CCCGAACCCGUACCCGGACCAUGAGGAGUCCGCCUGAGGCCCGGAGGUUCCGAGGCAGCGGCAGGUUGACGGUUUGAAUCCCGGAGAGAGAGCGCCGAAACCGAAGAGCUGCUGAGCCGAGCUGCGCUGUGGCCUGCGGAGGAGAUUCAUGUCAUGUCAGCGGGGAGGAGUGCUGACGGGAGGGAGGUGCAGAUUCCCCUCCAGCAGGCGGCGCCCUCCCUGGCCACGCCCCUCGCAGUGGUCCCACCCAUCACACCGCCCUCUCACCGCCCACCCAAUCCCUGGCCUCCGAGCGACCCCUCCGCUUCACAAGGUGUCCCUGCAGGGUUCCUGCCUCUGCACGGGGGAUUCAGAGAUCUCUUUGUAGAAACUCCAGAAGCCAAAUACUGCUGCGAGGCCUGCAGGCUGGUCCUGUGUCAGCCCCGCCAAACCGAGUGUGGACACCGCUUCUGUCAGACCUGCAUCCACGACAUCCUCAGUCAUCCAAACCCGGUAUGUCCAGCUGACAGGGAGCCUCUAUUCAAAGACAAGAUCUUCAGAGACGUUUGCUGCCAUCGGGAGAUCAUGGCGCUGAAGGUCUACUGUCGCAGUGAAGCUAACGGCUGUCAGGAGCAGAUGAGUCUGCAGCAGAUACCUGACCACCUGAAUGUGUGUCCGUUCUUCGAGGUUCCCUGUCCGUUGGGUAAAUGUAAAGAGCGAAUGAUGAGGAAAGAGAUUCCCGACCACCUGAGCUGGAAAUGUAAACACAGAGAGACCAGCUGCGAGUUCUGCAUGACCAAGAUGCCCAUGACCGACCUGCAGAAACACAAAGAGACGGUUUGUCCAGCAUUCCCAGUGUCGUGUCCAAACCAUUGCUCCUUCUCCUCCCUGCCCCGCAGUGAGCUGUCCAGUCAUCAACACGACUGCCCCAAAGCUCAGGUGAGCUGUCAGUUCCACCGCUAUGGCUGCACCUUCAAGGGUUUGAAUCAGGACAUGAGGCAACAUGAGUCCACCUUCGCUGCUGAACACCUGAGAAUGAUGGCUAACAGAAGUUCCACGUUAGAGAACAAGGUGGAGGAUGUUAAAGGUGAGCUGUUAGAAAGGUAUAAGGUGCUACCUGCUCUUAACAGUCGUCUGUCUGAACUGGAGAACCAAAACGAUGAGCUGAGAGAGAAGAACCGACAGAUGGAGCAGAAACUGGCCACCAUGCAGAAACUAAUGAGCACUCACUCAGAGAAGCUCCUGGAAGUAGAGCUGGAGCUUCGUUCUCUCCGUGUACUCCGAGACGAGGUGGAGAAUCUAAGAGGAACGAUGGAGAACGUCCGAACUAGACUCAAUGCUCUGGAACAAGGGGGACGCAGCGGGACCGGAUCCACAACACACACUCUGGCAUCCCUGGAGACUCAGCUGAAUCGACACGACGACAUGCUGAGUGUCCACGACAUCCGAUUAGCCGACAUGGAUCUGCGAUUCCAGGUGCUGGAGACAGCAAGUUAUAAUGGAACUCUGAUCUGGAAGAUUCGUGACUACAAGAGACGGAAACAGGAAGCAGUAGCGGCGAAGACACUGUCGCUUUAUUCACAACCAUUCUACACCGGGUACUUCGGGUACAAGAUGUGUGCCCGUGUCUACCUGAACGGAGAUGGCAUGGGCAAAGGGACACACCUGUCGCUGUUUUUUGUGGUGAUGAGGGGCGAGUAUGACGCCUUGCUGCCCUGGCCCUUCAAACAGAAGGUGACUCUGAUGCUGAUGGACCAGGGUCCAUCGAGGAAACACUUGGGUGAUGCGUUUAAGCCUGAUCCAAACAGCAGCAGCUUCAGACGUCCUGCAGCAGAGAUGAACAUCGCCUCCGGCUGUCCUCUUUUUGUGUCUCAAAGCGUCCUGGAGACUGGCAGCUACAUCAAAGACGACACCAUCUUCAUCAAGGUUAGUACACAUCACCUGCUACUACUGUUCCUCUUGCUGCUCCCAUUCUUCUGCUUUUCAUCACAUUACAGUCAUUAGGAAGAAACUUUUGUCUAAAGUAAUGGACCAUAGGGACUUUCAAACUCAAUUUAUAAGACGUAGGUCUGGGGACUAGUUGCAGAGGUCUGGGGACUAGUUGCAGAGGUCUGAGGACUAGUUGCAGAGGUUUGGGGACUAGUUGCACAGGGUCUGGGGACUAGUUGCAGAGGUUUGGGGACUAGUUGCAGAGGUUUGAGGACUAGUUGCACAGGGUCUGAGGACUAGUUGCAGAGGUUUGGGGACUAGUUGCAGAGGUUUGGGGACUAGUUGCAGAGGUCUCGGGACUAGUUUCAGAGGUCUGGGGACUAGUUUCAGAGGUCUGGGGACUAGUUGCAGAGGUCUGGGGACUAGUUGCUGAGGUUUGGGGACUAGUUGCUGAGGUUUGGGGACUAGUUGCACAGGGUCUGAGGACUAGUUGCAGAGGUUUGGGGACUAGUUGCAGAGGGUCUGAGGACUAGUUGCAGAGGUUUGGGGACUAGUUGCACAGGGUCUGAGGACUAGUUGCAGAGGUUUGGGGACUAGUUGCACAGGGUCUGAGGACUAGUUGCAGAGGUUUGGGGACUAGUUGCACAUGGUCUGAGGACUAGUUGCAGAGGUUUGGGGACUAGUUGCACAGGGUCUAAGGACUAGUUGCAGAGGUCUGGGGUCUUUUUGGUUUAUAAACUAAUCAAUAGCUGUGUUGUUUGGUUUGAUCGGCAGGUUACCGUGGAUACCUCUGACCUUCCUGACCCGUGACGUCGCAACCCCUCUGACCUCUGACCUUGCUGGUCUGAGAUCAGCUCACCUGUCCACGCCACGGAAGAGCAAAGGAUGAUGGGAAGGAUCAGUUACAAUGGAGGAGGCUCGUCUAUCUGAGAGUGCUGACAGUAGAAGAAGAGUCAGACAGGAAGCAGCCAAUCAGAGUGAACUUUACAGAAACCGUAGGGCGGGUCCUCCUCUGAUUGGCUGAUGGACUCCAGAACUGUGUGUGUGUGAAUGGAUCAGUGUUACCAUGCCAUCUCCAUGGUGAUAUUACUCAGAGCCAACAUGGCUGCCGCAACGAGAACAUUGUUGUUGCUCAUUACUGAUGCCGUGCAUCGAGCUUUACUUCCUGUUUAUUACCUGUUUACCAAGGCAUGCUGGGAAAUCCACUACGGCCACAGAGGAUCCCACAAAAACCAGUGAAGACCAGUACAAACCAGCAGAGACCUGUAGGACCCGGUCCGAACCAAAGUAUCUGAUCUAACCAACAUUAUUGGUCUAAUGAGGUUUUAACUUCAAAUGUUUUCAGUUUAUAUGAUUGAUGCCAAACACAGCAGUGAGACCGGUUUCAGUGAGACAGGUCUCAGUGGAAUAUAGUUGUACUGUUUUAAAUCAACGUGACUGAUUAUCUGAAGACUGACGUCACAGGUCCAAAAUAACCUGAUCUGAUGUUAAACUGACCUGAGAAAAACUUGAAGAAUUUAUUUAAAUAAGAGACGAUCCAGAAGUGACUGUAGAAGGAUUGAUAGUUCGGAUCUGACUACAGACCAGUACAGUCCGGUAGAGACCAGUACAGUCCGGUAGAGACCAGUACAGUCCGGUAGAGACCAGUACAGUCCAGUAGAGACCAGUACAGUCCAGUAGAGAUUCCCAGUGAGUUCCUCUGUGGCUUUUGGGUUUUUCAGUGUGGACAGAAUUCAUCUGACUCAUUUGAUUCAUUUGCACAGUUUGAAUGUUUGUUAAAGUGUGAAAAUAAACAAAUAUAAAUAAAA